AUGGUGUCACUUGUAUCAGCGACGUGGCUGAGGCAGCAGGUGGUUAGUGGACUGAAGAACAUCAGAAUACUAGACGAGUUCCAGAGGUCUGGAGUGGACUUAACCCAGCCAGUGGUUGCCACAUGUGGUAGUGGUGUCACUGCAGCUCUCAUUGCUCUAGCUGCACACUCUCUCAACACCACCACCCCUCUCUAUGAUGGGUCGUGGAGUGAGUGGAGACAGAGAGCUCCUCUCCAGACAGUGACAACUGGAGUUACUCAACUACCACACAACACUCCAUCCUAGUUACUAGUUACAAUGUACCAUCCUCCUUACAUUAUGCUUGUCACUGUAACAAUAAGCAUGGUGUAUUUUGACAAGUUGUACACCAGUCACCAUCUAAUUAAUUUAUAAUUUUUUGUGUACCGUGAGUAUAUAUUGCAGUAUGUGAAGCGUGCAAUGUACAGGUUUCAUAGUUCCAGUUUUAU